GCCUAUAACAUAACUUGUAAUACUUGUAUCUUGUUUUUAUUAAUUUUACUAUAUUACUGUAUUCUUUGUUGUUCUUCUCAGUUCAUAGAACAACCAUUUCACAAUGCGCAACGUAGAAAUCAAAGCCAGAAUAACCGACUAUGAGAACAUUUGCAAAGUGGCUGCAGAACUGAGUCAAUCGGAAGGCACCGUUAUAAAGCAAGACGAUACUUUCUACAGAGUCAACGAUGGUCGGUUAAAGAUGCGUUUCUACGCGGACUCGUCGGCUACACUAGUGCGUUACGAUCGAGACAAUGACGGCGGACCAAAGCUGUGUAACUACGAGUUGUUGGAAUUUUCGGCGAAUGAAAGUGAGAAGGCAUUGCUGCUGGAUAGCAUGUUGAGGAAAUGUUUGGGCGCGCGAGGACGUGUGGUCAAGGAGCGUAAGCUCUUCAUGGUCGGCCAGACCCGCGUCCACAUAGACACCGUCCAAGACCUCGGGCACUUCAUGGAGCUGGAGGUGGUGCUGCGGCCUGAGCAGACGCUGGAAGAAGGCCAGGCCAUCGCUCGGGACUUGCAGACCAAACUUGGAGUUAAGGACGAGGAUCUGAUUGAGUGUGCCUAUGUUGAUCUGUUAGAUAAGAAGUAGGAGUGUCAUUAUUGCAAAAGAUAAACAAAUGUGCCAUUUUCAACCAAAACGGUACUUAUCGUCGCUUGUCAAUAAGGCGCUAUUUCCAUAUAGCUUGAAUUAGAAAUCAACCUUAUCAACAAGCGACAAUGUGGUACCUUUUGGUUGAAAACGUCACAAAUAUUGUAUUGCAGAGCAAUUGUACUUCCAAAAACUGAGAAUGAGCCUUAUGAAGGUUACUAAAAACUAAAAAUAAACUGAGAUAUAUGAUGGUUGGAUCAUUCAUUCUUAAAUUUCUAAAUGCAAAAAGGAAAUUAACAUAAUUUAUUCUGAAAUGUCUACUGGGUUUCCAUGAUAUUUAAUAUGUGUUAUUAUGCCAAGCAUUUAAAUUGUUUAAUUGUAGGUAUGCGCUCAGCCUGUCGACGCUCUAGGACGGCACGGCUUAUACUGGCAAAUGAGCGCAGGCCGACUAUAUAGACACGCCACUUUAAACGACUUGAUCCGCCGGCCGCGCCCUUUGCACCGCCUUCCUACCAGCAACUUUGGAGCCGUCAGGCCUCUCUGCCAUCUGCCACCGACGGCAAGAGACCUGAUGGCUGCACUCUUGUGCCCUGGGGCCUUGGCCGCCCUUUGGCGUGGGACGCUACUAGCGUCGAUACGCUAGCACCGUCCCACGUUAAAGCAUCGGCCCGGAAGCCCGGGACUGCCGGGCCCAGACACUAAAGCGCCGCAAAUAUGCGUUCCUAACGGACCAUUACGAUUUUGCGGCGAUUGCCAUAGAAACACUGGGCCCAUGGUCGACCGACACAAAACAGUUUAUAAAAGAAGUGUCGGUCAGACUAAUAGGUGUCUCGGGCGACCACAGGGCGGGCUCCUUCUUUGCACAGAGAUUAAGUCUGGCGGUGCAAAGAGGCAACGCCGCCAGCAUUCUAGGUUCCAUUCCAGAGGCGGGUAGUUUGGGAGAGGUAUUUUAUAUUUAGUAGGUAUUUAGAUUUAGUUUUAAUUUUUGUGUAAUCAAUUUAUUUUCAGUAAUGUAAUUGUAAUUGUAGGUAUGCAUUUAGAUUCGUUCUGUUCUUUUCUAUUGGCUCUUGAUGGGCUAAAAUGCUAGGGUUAAGAUAAUAAAGGCUGUAAUUAUUUGUAAAAGUUUAUUAAAAUAAUUGUAAUUAUCUUUACUUACGAAUGAAAUUUUUGUAUGAGCAU